UGACUGAUGGUGGAACGAUGCAAUCAAACAUUUUAGCACGAAAACCGUGUUAAAGUAUAUAUUACAUUUUCGCGGUGUGCUCGCCCUUUGCGAUAAUGUCGGCAGAUUAUGAAGAGAGACCUCGAGAUAGUGGCCCCGAGGGCAUGGAGCCAGAUGGAAUCAUUGAAAGCAACUGGCAUGAGAUCGUGGACAGCUUUGAUGACAUGAACCUGCGUGAGACUCUACUCAGGGGAAUCUAUGCUUAUGGUUUUGAAAAGCCCUCUGCCAUCCAGCAAAGGGCUAUUCUCCCUUGUAUCAAGGGAUAUGAUGUUAUUGCUCAGGCCCAGUCAGGUACAGGCAAGACUGCCACCUUUGCCAUCUCCAUCCUGCAGCAGAUUGACAUCGAACUGAGAGGUACUCAGGCCUUGGUCCUGGCUCCCACCCGUGAACUGGCUCAGCAGAUCCAGAAAGUGAUCCUAGCUCUUGGAGACUACAUGGGUGCAACAUGCCAUGCCUGUAUUGGUGGGACCAAUGUGCGCAAUGAGGUCCAAAAGCUGCAGGCGGAGGCACCGCAUAUUGUAGUAGGAACCCCGGGCCGUGUCUUCGACAUGCUCAGUCGCAAGUUCCUCGCUUCAAAGUACAUUAAAAUGUUUGUGCUGGAUGAAGCCGAUGAAAUGCUGAGUCGUGGUUUUAAGGACCAGAUCUACGAGAUCUUCCAAAAACUUGGUACCAGCACACAGGUGGUACUGUUGUCAGCCACAAUGCCCGCAGAGGUGCUGGAUGUCACUACUAAGUUUAUGCGUGAGCCUGUGCGCAUUCUGGUGAAGAAAGAGGAGCUCACUCUUGAGGGUAUUCGCCAGUUCUACAUCAACGUUGAAAAAGAGGAAUGGAAGCUGGACACGCUGUGUGAUCUCUACGAGACUCUGACCAUCACUCAGGCUGUGAUCUUCAUCAACACACGCCGGAAAGUAGACUGGCUCACAGAGAAGAUGCAUGCCAGGGACUUCACCGUCUCAGCUCUGCAUGGAGAUAUGGACCAGAAGGAUCGUGACCUGAUCAUGAGGGAAUUCCGCUCUGGUUCUAGCCGUGUCCUUAUUACCACAGAUCUGCUGGCCAGAGGUAUUGAUGUCCAGCAGGUGUCUUUGGUGAUCAACUAUGACUUGCCAACCAAUCGGGAGAAUUACAUUCAUAGGAUUGGGAGAGGAGGCCGUUUUGGCAGGAAGGGUGUGGCUAUCAACAUGGUGACAGAAGAUGACAAGCGUACGCUGCGGGACAUCGAGACCUUCUACAACACUACCGUAGAGGAGAUGCCCAUGAAUGUGGCUGACUUGAUCUAGAGACCUGGUCUAGAGACCCCCUCUCUCCAGCCUCACAAUCUCUCACUCUAUAUUCUAGUUUAAGCACUUUGAAAUGGAGUAGGGAGCAUGCAUCACCCCUCUCUUCCACAACGGAUACUAUUGAUUUCAUCUUCCCCUAAAUGUAUCUAUAAGAGAAAUUUUAUAAAACUCAGGUGCUGAAUGUGCAUCUUUUUGUCUCCAUCCAUCCCCCAUGAUAAACAUUUUAAAGUAUGUUAAGAGCAGUAUGUUCAGGCUCUCAAUUAGUCAUCUUGGGCUGCUUAUUUAGCUGUGAGUCCUAAGGGUUUUGAAUGGGUAGUUGGACUACAGAUGUUUUUACCAGCUUCCUUUAUUAAUGUCUUAAACCAGGUGGUAAAACUGCAUUGACUUUUAAAUUGAAAUGAAAAUCAGAGCUAAGAUUUUGAAAGUUUUUUAUUUUAUUUUAUUUUUUAGAACCAACUAGACUGUGAAUUCCAAGUAGCUACACUAUUUGCUGUAAAACUAAGUAAAAGAGAUGUUUAAUCACACUUGAGUGGUAAAUGAUACAAAAUGGAUGAGUAUUGCGGGCUUCCUGGAUAUAGAUAUAUGGAAGUCAUUGCCAAGAUGAAUUUGACUGCAGUUAUGCAAAAAAAUAAAAAGUGAAAUGGACAAGAAGUAAACUUUAAUAUUUCAGCAUUCUUGGGUUUUAAUUUUUUUCUACAUUAAGUUAUUUUUGUAUUUUGUUUUUGGUAAGGGGUGGGAGAGGGACUCCAAUAAAGAUGCAGCCUAACUCAUCA